AUGUCCGUGCCAAACGUCGAGAAACGCUUCAAUGUUGAGAUUGAGGCGAUUGAGAAGAUCCCGGCACUCAAAGUAAUCAAGCCCAAGGUCUUCCCGGAUGACCGCGGGUUUUUCAGUGAAACCUAUAAUGCUACGGAAUGGGCCGAGAAGCUGGAUUUUAAGGAGGUUUUCUUGCAGGACAAUCACUCAUUCUCCAAACAUGGCGUCCUUCGUGGUCUCCAUACCCAACCAGGAAUGGGAAAACUGGUCUCUGUCGCUACCGGUAAAAUCUUUGACGUUGCUGUAGACGUCAGACAGGGUUCGCCGACGUUCGGACAAUGGCAUGGGGUUAUCCUCUCUGGCGAGAACAAACAUGCAUUCUGGAUCCCACCCGGAUUCCUCCAUGGAUUCCAGUGUCUAUCCCCCGAAGGAGCUCACGUAACGUAUAAAUGCAGUGCUGUUUACGACCCAAAAACUGAAUUCGGGAUCAACCCAUUUGACAAGGAGAUUGCUGUAGAGUGGCCUAUUACCGACAAAAAUCAGAUCAUCGUUUCGGAGCGGGAUACGCAGCACGGAGACCUUUCUUCGCUUCCACGA